UGGAAAUAUUAAUUUUAUUUGCUGACUGGUUAUAGAAGAAAAUUUAAUAAUAAUCCGUUAUUUGUACAAGUGAACGUGGUAUAUCGUCGGGAAAAUAUCUAAUUGUUUUUCUCUCGUUAAUAAAGGUAAGCAGUGGAUGGGAUAUUAACAAACAUGGACGGUCCUAUCCUCUCCAUGGGGCCAUCCAACUACGUGAAAUAUGAUAGCACAGAAACCUUGGUUACCGAACUGACAGACUGCGAUUUUGACGACAUUCGUCCACCAUCGAAUAUGACUCAAUGUGAUGUGAAGAAUAACUUAGGCUACAGACUGAGAAGAAGAAGGGAAGUUCUAACGCAGAGAAAGUGUAUUGUGGAUAUCAGUUUCGUUUUGGGAGUGUUGGGUAUCGUGCUUGUGAUAAUAGACACGGAACUCAUCUUAGGUGGUACAAUUCACGCCGAUUCUCCAGUAUCUACAGCGUUACGUGUAUUUACCUCUAUAUCAACCAGUUGUUUAAUGCUUUCAAUCGUGGCCUAUCAUGUGACCGGAUUAAGACUAUAUAUGGCCAGCGCCGGUUUUGAAGAUUGGCGAUUGGCCAUGACGGCUACUAAAUGGUUUAAAUUAAGCCUAGAACUCCUGGUCUGUUUCAUUCAUCCUUUGCCUUUCUUAAACGUAUAUAUACCAACAAUUUCAGUCGUAACUAAUUCUGACAACGGAAGUAUAUUGACAGCUCGUAUAAUUCCCAUUAAUGCUAUUUUAACAAUUUUGAUGUUUCUUCGGCUAUACCUCUUUGGGCGUUUCGUUGUGGUACACAGUAAUUUAUUUUUAGAUACCUCAGUGCAAAGUCUCGGCGCACUUAGUCGCGUCAAAAUUAAUGCCCAGUUUGUAUUCAGGGCGUUAAUGUCUUCUACACCCGGCAUUGUACUUACCACGGUUAUGUUAGCAACCUUUAUGAUAAAUUCUUGGAACAUAAGAUUGUGUGAGGUGUAUACCGAUCCAAACAGCGAACUCGGCGAAUUUACUCAGGCUAUGUGGUUAACUGCUGUAACCUUUCUAACAGUGGGUUAUGGAGACCUAAUUCCGCGAAGUUAUUGUGGUCGGUUGAUAGCCGGAUCAACGGGACUAAUGGGUGUUGGCAUAAUGGCAUUGUCUGUCGCCGUAUUGGCCAAAAAAUUAGAACAAUCUAGAUCAGAAAAAUACAUUCAUACAUUUGUGCAGCAAGUAGCUCUAGAUAAGUGUCGAAAGAAUGCUGCAGCCAAUGUUGUGAAACAAGCUAUGUUUAUUUGGAGGUUGAAACGAAGAGGGCCGUGUCGGACGUCUGCAUUAUUGAAACAUAAAAGUAAACUCCUCAGAGCUAAGCGCGCCAUGCAGGAGGCACAGUUCACCAAGAGCCACCUUUCAGAAUGCAUGGUUGGUCCUGUCGAAUUAUCCACAGGACUAAAUGAUAUGUAUGGUAUAGUCACCACGGUUAAAGAUGACCAAAAAGUACUGGAACAAAGAAUUGCUAACCUCGAAACUUUGGUAGUGAACAUGAGUUGUCAAUUACAUGACGUCCGCGAUAUGCUAAGAAAAAUGAAAUAGUCUUCUGUAUGGCAUCAUUAUAUACUGUUUACGAAAUGUGAGAAAACAAGGUCAAAUUAUGCUGAAUCGACAUACUUGAUGAUUACAUUAAUAACUAUUGUUAUCGCGAACAUUUGUGAACGCAAAAACUGGUGCAAAUAGUGAUUUGAAUCAAGAUACUAAACUGAUCAAAACUCACAAAGGAACGAAAAUGAAAUGAACUUUCUCGGCCAAUGCAGAGAUCGAACACCCGACCCCCAGGCUAGCGAGCCAGCGUCUUACCCACUUAGCCACAACAUUGUUACCCACAAAGGAACGAAUACAUACAAGACUUACCCUAUAUAAGUACUACGAUGCUGUUUUCGUUUUCAAAUGUAUUUUUGUAUAAAUAUUUAGAUUUAUUUUAGCACUAUGACGACGGCGAUUUAUUGAGCAUUGCAUCAUUGAUAAUUUAUGUUGAAUUCCCGGGCUAUUCAUAGGAAACUAUUCAUUCUUAUAUCUGUCUUCAUUUUGCAGGUUGUUUUCUUUACCUGCGUUAGGUUCAGUCACGGGUACAUAUAUAAAUGUAGUAUAUACAACGUUCACCACUAGUUCUGCGUCAUGUCGGCCUAUAUAUUGCAUUAUUUUCUUAUUAAAUUUAAUGCAAGGCUUUGUUUUUGUUAUCAGUUUAUGUAGAUACACGAUUUGUGAUAUUGAUAUUCGUUUGUUGAUCUUAUGUACCUCGAACGGUAUGACAUGCUCUAUAAAAUUUAAAAGAUAAGAUUAGUGUGUGUACGUUUUAUUUAAUUAAUAGUCGAAGGCUUUGUUGGUGUAAAAUCGGAAUUAAAAAUAUAUUUUCGAAGAAUUUUGGCAUAUGAUAAUAGAUAAAGUAUCCAGUAUUUAAAGUAAAGCUAAUAAAAUUAGGCCCCGAGUUCACAAAGCAUUCUCAGACUUAAGUUAAGAAUUUCCUCAACUUUCAAUCACUUUUUAUGAGAAAUAUCUUUGAUCCAGAAAUACUAAAAUUUGCACAUAGUUUUCUUAUUGAUGUAUUUGAUACAUUAAAACAACAAAACGUUUUAUAAAGGACUGUAAUAUUUUAGUUUAAAUAAGACGAACGAUUUUGAGUAAAUUCUUAACUUAAGUCUGAGAAUGCUUUGUGAACUCGGGGCCAGGACGUCAUCCGACAAUAAACAUAAUUGUAAGAAUUGUAGACCUGUUUUGUUAAGGAAAAGAAGCGAGAAAAGAGAGGCAGGAUGGGUCGAUGGAAUUUCUCUUCAUCAUACCAGUAUUCUUGUAAAUACAGAACGGAAUUGAAUCAGUUUUGGACAUGAAACACUGCAAUUAAUACGUUCAGUAAAUGAUACCAGUAUUAUUAUAUAUUAUAUUAACUAAAUGCCUUAUACUGAUAUUGGAUGACCUAUGGCCAACCCCCUUUUACAUUUUAAGUAAAUUAGGAUGGUUAAAGUGCACAUAAGAUGGGCGAGAAAACUUUUCGGUACGUAUAGCCAAAGAUUACUAUAUCCACUUUAUGGCAAGUUCACACCAAUCUGAUUAAAAUUAAUUGUUGUUGUUGUUUUUAACAGAUUAAACGUCCAAUACAAUAAAUAUGAUAUUACGCACAGGUUGAUUUAAUUAAAUUAUUUACACUUGAAAAUUGUUAAAAACACAAAAUAAAAAAGUCCUCGGAUAUCAAAAGUUUCUUAAAAUACACUUAUAAAUUCGCUGUCGUGAGAAGAGAGGGCGGGUCAUCUUCUCCCUUGUCAUAAUAAAGUUAAAAUAGGAGGUCCAGCUGACUGAUGUUUGGCGUCAUCAGAGCGCAUAGAAAAAAAACCCGUGGCGAAAAAGAAUCCACAGGCUUUAUGUGGAAAAGCGAAGUGCUCGCAGUAAAAACCACAUAGCUGGACCCGUAGAUUAUUUGCAUAUUAAAGGUGUUCAUCCAAUAAGUUCCAUAUGGUUAAAAUUAGUUAAAAGUUCAAGACUUCGAAGUUUAAAAGUUACCUGAAAAGAAAAGAAGAGCCAACA